AGUCACCUCUGUAGCCCCCCAUUACCAAAACCUGGCCACACAAACCUGGUACAGGUAAGAACAUCCAGGGAACAGCACUCAGCAGCCAGCUGGAAUGAAGCAUGUUAUGUCUAGAUUAGGACACAACCUGUCUGGCUCUUUAUUUAUUCUAAUUAUUUGUAGACUCAUUUAUAGGUGAUUUGCCUACUCUAGAUGUUUUGUUAUCCUGUAAAGGCCAGGCAAUUAUUGUUUGCUUUAGCAGCACUCACUCUGAAUGUAGGUGAGGAAUGGUGCAUUCCAAGGUAGCUCCCAAGGUCACAAAUCAGGUUCACAAAUCAAUAAUAGCAGGGCACGCUCCCUUUCAGUCGUGUUUUAAUUAAGCUCAACAGUGUUGAAAUAACUCCAGAGUGGUGAGGAAGCCAUUUGCUUAGAAAACUCCGGUGUGAAAACACUAAUAGAUAGUGUGGGGACUGUCAGUGUAGAGGAGCCUGCUUGCCUCACUAGUGCUUCAGAGAUGGUUUGGCAUUUUUAGGCUCCUAUGUUUAUUAAAAACCACGCAUUUAUAGAUUGUGAUCAAUUUCGCAGUGACUGGGUGUGUACUGCAAAGAAUCAGCAUUUUGCAGUAGAAGCUUUAAACAGAAAUAAUAGGUUAUUAUUCUCAAGUAUAAAUGAAUGACAUAAAAUCACUUUUGUACAAAACCAGAUAAAGCAUUGCCCUAAAUUAACAUUUCUCUCUAGUGAAGUAUAGUAAGUGUAACACCUUUACUUAGAUUUGACCUGGUAUUCUUUAACAAAAGCUUAUAGUACAAAAUGAUGAAUAAUCAAGAGAAAAAGCAAGUUGAAAAGACUUUUUAAUAUUAGUUUGUAUAUCAUCUUUUUGAUUGGUUCUCAGCAAGAACAUUUUGCUCUGAAAAUGAUAAUUUUACAUUAGUUAGGAUAAGAGUUAAUGAAUGGUAGUAGAUAAUGUUCCAAGUAUUAGUCACAAAGACACAUGCAUACUAUUCUGAAUUCAUUCUGUAUUGACAACAGUAAUGCUAAACUCAUGGAUAGCUCCUAUUUUCUUUCUAAAAUGCUGUUACCAAAACAAGCUAUUUAUAAACUAAAUGAGCAGAAUUCCACAUGUGUGGCUUUUUUGUUGCUGCUGGUUUUUACUACCAAAAAUGUACUUUCUUGUGGCCUUUCUAAAUGUGCCUUAUUUCUUCAGACCAUCUGGAAUGGAUAUAAAAUCUCUCUUUAUAUGCUUUUACUAUCAAAUAAUUCUGAACAACUCUUAUUUUUUUUUCACUUAAUGCGAGUAAAUUGUCAUUAAAUCUCCUUUCUAAAGGAGAGCAUGCAAGCUGUUAAGACUGCAGAGUACCAUUAUCAUCUUCUGUAAUGUUUUCCAAGUAUGCCUUCCAUCCAUGAGAAAAAGGGAAGCCCAAGAUUAGGGAACUGGCAGUUGUGUAGCAGCAUGAGUCCAGUAAUUAGAGGAAAAGACUUUUGGACAGAUUGAGAGAAAAAAUUUAAGGUACUCUUGAGAGUUAAAGAGCUUUGUUCUGCUCUUUCAGACUUGCUCCAGUGAUUGAUGGUACAUGUGUAGUCUCAAAAGAAAAGUGCCCUUCACUCAUGCAGAAAAUCUUUUCAUUGCAAAGUGCUAUUUUGUUUUAUUUUGAGUACCUCGGGAGAUUUAAAAAAAUUGCAGAUAAUUUUUUUUUUUUUUUAAUGGAUGGUUUAUGCUGUUUUAUGUGGUUAUUUUCACUGGUUGGAAUAGUCACUGGCAUUGAUGUGAGGAUAUUCACUCAUGGCUCAAGAGAGCACUCACCUGCAAGUCCUCCUGAUAAAAUGAGAUUUUUUUCUGGCAAUAACAAAUUGAAAGUCAGAAGUUAAUAAAUGGAUGUGUUCAGGGAAACAGUAGUGAUGGUAAAGGUGACUGCUCAGGGUGAAUAUUCAGAAGUUCUUAAGCCUAAUAAAACAGGCACAGAAAAUGUAAUUUCUUCAUGCAAUUAGAAGACUAUUUUGAAAUUAAUGGAGAAACAAACAGUGGGAAGGGUGGGAAGCCUUUCUCCUUCAUCUGGGCUCACUUCUGCUGGGGAUUGGGUAGGUCAGGAGUGGGAAAAGCGUCUGGAGCAGCAGAUAAGGGGGGAUGAGUCAGGACAGAUCAGCUGCAGAUUCCACAGGGCUGAUAAAGGAGGGGAGGGAGCAAACAGCUCAGUGGCAGUGGCUGAACACCCUCGGCUCAGUCAGGACAGCUGGAAAAGCCUCGUGCUAGGAAAUUCUAGGAGUUUUGGGAGAAAUAAACCGUGUAAAACGCCAGGGGGUAACAUGGAGGUUAUGAAAUGGAACAGCUUUUUAAGGCAAGCCUGGCAUCGAGAUGUUGCUUUUUACUUGAAAGCAAGUUGACUACAUUGGUACAGAAACUCCAUGACUUCUUGGCUCACUCAUCAGAAGAAUCUGAGGACGCAAACUCUCCUCCAGCAUUACCUAAAAACAAAAGUAUAGGUAAAAACAGAGAACCUAAAGGAAACCCAGCUUCAAUGGAGAACAACAGGGAUGAGGGAAGUAGUUCUUCAGAAAAAACCAAAUCAUUAGGAUUAUCCCGUUCCAAAAGGAAACCUACAGUCGUAACAAAAUAUGUUGGGUCAGAUGAUGAACAAAUCGUAGAUGAAACUGUAAAUGAAGAUAUUUCAAAUGAGAACUCAGAGAAUGAUGUAGAUAUGCAAAGCUUGCCUAAAGGUACAGUGGUUGUACAGCCUGAGCCAGUGCUGAAUGAAGACAAAGAUGAUUUUAAAGGGCCUGAAUUUAGAAGCAGAAAUACCGUUAAAAUGAAACCUGAAGCUCCCAAAAAGCGUGGAGAAGAAGGACUCCAUGGAAUUGUGAGCUGUACAGCUUGUGGGCAGCAGGUGAACCAUUUUCAAAAGGAUUCAAUCUAUAGACACCCUACACUGAAAGUGCUUAUUUGUAAGACUUGUUACAAGUAUUACAUGAGUGAUGACAUCAGUCGUGAUUCAGACGGGAUGGAUGAACAGUGUAGGUGGUGUGCUGAAGGUGGAAAUUUGAUUUGCUGUGACUUUUGCCAUAACGCCUUCUGUAAAAAGUGCAUUUUGCGCAACCUGGGCCGAAAGGAGCUCUCGACUAUCCUUGAUGAAAAUAACCAGUGGCACUGCUAUAUUUGCCAUCCAGAGCCUUUGUUGGACUUGGUCACUGCGUGUGACAGUGUCUUUGAAAAUUUAGAACAGUUACUUCAACAAAACAAAAAAAAGAUGAAAGUUGAAAAUGAAAAAAGUAAAAUAUAUGACCAUGCAGUCAAGUUUUCUCCAAAGAAAAACAAUGCAAAUUGUAAUGGGGAAGAAAAAAAACUAGAUAAUUCAUAUUCAGGUUCAUUAACAUAUUCUUAUAAAGCACUAAUGGUGCCAAAAGACUUGCUUAAGAAAACAAAAAAACUGAUUGAAACUACAACAAAUCUGAAUUCUAGCUUUGUAAGCUUUUUGAAAAACGCUGCAGAAAAUGUAGAAAUAAGCCCAACUGUGCAACUGUGCCAGCUGAAAGCUUUUAAAUCUGUGCUGAGUGACAUGAAAAAAGCUCAUCUGUCUCUAGAAGAAGGCCUGAACCUGGAGAUUCAAGCAUUGAAUGUUAAAAUCAAAGAUAAAAAUACCAAAGAGAAAAAAACUGAGGUUAGAUCAGAAAAAAAUGAGGUGAAAAAAGAUGAAGGAAAGGAACGUGUCGCAUUAAAAGAGGAUGCUGCCACACAGACACAGAAAAAAGUUGUGUCAGAGCAGCCUGACAAUGAGCCCAUGGAUCAAAGUGUUCCCUCAGUGGAACAGACAGAUAACAAGGCAGCUCCUGAGGAAGAGAAAAAGUCUGGUGGAAAUGAAGAACCGCAGUAUGAGCCCAACAGUACAGAGGCUUUGGACAUGGAUAUUGUGUCCAUCCCCUCGUCUGUUCCUGAAGAUAUUUUUGAGACUCUGGAAUCUGCUAUGGAGAUUCAGAUGCCAUCAGAUGAGCAGGACAGUGGAAACACAGCAGCAGACCAUGAGACUCCAAACUCAAAUACAAAACUAAACACUCCUGUGAAAGACACCAAAGGUGGUACCAAGUUAAAAUCGUCGGCUAAAGGAACAAAAGAACUGAUUGUAAAAUUGACUCCAGUUUCCCUUUCGGAGUCCACAGUUAAAGCUGAUGAUCAAGACAGCAGCCUAGAAAAGGACAAUAAAGACAAUGAUGCAUCUCAGGCUGUUGCUGCAUCUCAGAAUGUUGAUGCAUCUCAAGAUGUUGAUGCAUCUCAGGAUGUUGAUGCAUCUCAAGACGUCGAUGCAUCUCAAGCUAGGGCAGCAGACUGUGACUCUGUGAAACAAAACCACAGCGUUGGCAGCGAGCCCUCCACGGAGAACGACACUGUGCCCGUGGAGGACUCGGAUCUCCGGAGGUCACCACGUGUCAAAACCACCCCACUGAGGCGCCCCACGGACAUCAGCCCCCUGACAUCCAACUCAGAGGAGGACAGCAACGACACGAGCAAUGAAAAACAGAAGGGGAAACCAUCCAAGCAAGCCGGGAGGAAAAACGAUAAAAAAAAUUCAUCUGACAGCACUGCUGAUGGUCCCAGUCCUAAGAAAGUUUCCAAAUCCAAAAAGCCAUAUGACUUGGAUCACAGCUCAGACUCUGAUGAGUUGCCAGCUGUCCUUAAAGAAGCAGGGAUGAUGAGUCGCAGCUCCUCAGACAGUGAGAGCAACAGUGAAGCGCCAGCAAAGAAUCAGCAGGCUUCAGAUUUUCAAAAGAGUCAACCAGUAAAGGAUGAAAAUGGGAAACGAAAAAGGAAAAGUUCCAGUUCCGGCUCAGAUUUAGAUGCUAAAAGAGGCAAAUCAGCUAAAAAUGCUGCUGCUGCUAAAAAGAAACGACAAAACUACUCUGAUUCUUCAAACUAUGAUUCUGAGUUGGAAAAGGAGAUAAAAAUGUUGAGUAAAAUUGAUGCUGCAAAAAAAUCGAAGAAAAAAUUCUCACAAAAAGAUGAUAGUUACGAUUCCUCUGAAGAAGAGCAGAGGAACAAAGUUAGCAGUAAGAAAAAGGUAAAUCUGAAGAAAAAGAGAGGGAAAUCUUCUGAAGAUGAUGAUGCUGAGAAGUCUUCUCCAGAGAAGGAAAUUAAUCACUCUUCUAAAGAUAAGAAAACGGGUAAGAGGUCAGCUGCUAAGGACAAGAUAAACAGAGACUCAAAAGAAAAAUCUGCAAAGGGAAAACGUGAUGAGUCUUCUGAUGCUGAGAGGUCUUCACUGGAGAAGGAGGAGAGUCCUGAAGUUAAGAAAAAGGAUUUGAAAAAGAAAAAGACACAGGAUGAUUCUUCUUCUGAGAGUACUGAGAAAUCGGCAAAGAAAGAGCACAAGUUGGAAUCUUCAAAAGACAAGCUCAAGAACAAGAAAGGUUCAGAAAGCAAAGCAAAGAAAUCUGAAAAAUUGAAAAAGAAAGGUUUCAAGAAAGAACAAGAUGAUUCCUCUUCUGAUCCUGAUAAGUCAUCUCCAGAGAAAGGCAGUGGCAAUUCUUCUGAAAACGACAAAAUUAAAAAGGAGCCCGUGUUAACAGAAAAGAGGAAAUUGAGAGAGAGAGUAGCUAAAAGAGUGCGCAUUGAUUUAUCCUCUGAUACUGAGAAAUCUCCCCAAAAAGAGGAGAGUUCUGAUGAUGAUGCCAUGCGGCGUAAAAAGCGAACUGACACGAAAGAAAAGAAAAAAAUAAGCCACAAAAAGAAAAUUUCCAAGAAAGAACAGAAUGACUCGUCUUCUUCUGAUGAGGAGUCCUAUGAAGACACUAAGAAAAAGGUUAAAAGAGGAUCAGUAAAAGAAAGUAAAAAGAGCAACUUAAAAAAGAAAGUGGCAAAAAAGAAGGUGGUUGUCACUUCCUCUUCUUCGUCUGAUAAGGAAGCGUCUGAUAAGGAAGAGAAUGACGAUCAGAAUUCCACAGGCGAUGGAAGCAGCGACGAGCAGAAGAUCAGGCCGGUGACCGAGAGCUUGAUGCUGUCUGCUGAUGCAGGAUUUUGUCAGUCAUCAGGAGAUGAAGCAGAGGCUCUAUCAAGGACUAUCCCAAUGGAGGAGGAGGAAGAUGAUGAUGAUGACGACCCUGAGAAUAGAAUUGCCAAGAAAAUGCUUUUAGAAGAAAUCAAAGCCAAUCUUUCCUCUGAUGAGGAUACGUCUUCAGAUGAGCAGCCGGUGGAAGGAAAAAAGAAACCUGCAAAGCAAACUGAAAACACAGGAGAGGAUGGAGAGAAGGAAAAGGAAGACAAGAAGUCUGAAAAGGAAGAAGGUGAUUCUGAGUCAGAUUCAGAGGAAGAAGAAACAUCCAAGAAGCCCAGAUACAGGCACAGACUGCUGAGGCACAAACUCACUGUGAGUGAUGGGGAGUCUGGAGAAGAAAAGAAGGUGGUGAAACCAAAAGACAAAAAGGAAGGAGGGAAGCGAAGACAUAGAAGGAAAGUGAGCAGUGAUGACUCAAAUGACUCCGAGUUCCACGAGUCUGCAGUGAGUGAAGAGGUCAGUGAGUCUGAGGAUGACCAAAGGCCAAGGACAAGAUCUGCCAAAAAAGCUGAGGCAGAAGAAAACCAGCGCAGCUACAAACAGAAAAAGAAACGAAGGAGGAUAAAGGUUCAAGAGGAUUCAUCAAGUGAAAAUGAGAAUAAGAGCAACUCUGAGAAUGAGGACAAUGAUGACUCAAAAUCUCCUGGAAAAGGCAGGAAGAAAAUCAGGAAAAUUAUUAAAGAUGAUAAGCUUAGAACAGAAACACAAAAUGCACUUAAAGAAGAAGAAGAAAGAAGAAAACGAAUAGCAGAGAGAGAACGAGAGAGAGAGAAAUUGAGAGAGGUGAUAGAGAUUGAAGAUGCUUCACCUCUGAAAUGUCCCAUUACAACCAAGCUGGUUUUAGAUGAAGAUGAAGAAACCAAAGAACCAUUAGUGCAGGUUCACAGGAGUAUAGUGACCAGACUGAAACCACACCAAGUAGAUGGUGUUCAGUUCAUGUGGGAUUGCUGUUGUGAAUCUGUAAAAAAAACCAAGACAUCUCCUGGCUCUGGCUGCAUUCUUGCUCACUGUAUGGGCCUGGGGAAAACAUUACAGGUAGUAAGUUUUCUCCACACAGUCUUGCUGUGUGACAAGUUGGAUUUUCGGACAGCUCUGGUCGUGUGUCCACUCAACACUGCCUUGAACUGGCUGAAUGAGUUUGAAAAAUGGCAAGAAGGUUUAGAAGAUGAGGAAAAACUAGAUGUCUAUGAGCUGGCAACUGUGAAAAGGCCUCAGGAGAGGAGCUACAUGCUGCAGCACUGGCAGGAUGAGGGAGGUGUGAUGAUCAUUGGCUACGAGAUGUAUCGAAACCUGGCACAAGGCAGGAAUGUGAAGAGUAGAAAACUUAAAGAAAUAUUUAAUAAAGCUUUAGUCGACCCAGGUCCUGACUUCGUGGUGUGUGAUGAAGGACACAUAUUGAAAAAUGAAGCAUCAGCUGUCUCUAAGGCAAUGAAUUCUAUUAGAUCUAGGAGAAGAAUAAUUCUGACAGGAACACCACUGCAGAAUAAUCUUAUAGAAUAUCACUGCAUGGUUAACUUCAUUAAGGAGAAUUUGCUGGGCUCAAUUAAGGAAUUCCGGAAUCGAUUCAUCAAUCCCAUCCAGAAUGGGCAGUGUGCAGACUCCACUCUGGUGGAUGUCAGGGUGAUGAAGAAACGUGCUCACAUCCUCUAUGAGAUGUUGGCUGGCUGUGUUCAGAGGAAGGAUUACACAGCAUUAACCAAGUUCCUGCCCCCCAAAUACGAGUACGUGCUCGAGGUGCGGAUGACCCCGAUCCAGUGCAAGCUGUACCAGUAUUACCUGGAUCAUUUGACAGGUGUAGGUGGUGGCAAUGAAGGUGGAAGAGGCAAAGCUGGAGCUAAACUGUUCCAGGAUUUCCAGAUGUUGAGCAGAAUCUGGACUCACCCUUGGUGUUUGCAGCUGGACUAUAUUAGCAAAGAAAAUAAGGGCUAUUUUGAUGAAGACAGCAUGGAUGACUUCAUAGCUUCAGAUUCUGAUGAAACUUCCAUGAGCUUAAGUUCUGAUGAUUAUGCAAAGAAAAAAAAAUCCAAGGGGAAAAAGGCAAAGAAGGAGUGUAGCUCAAGUGGGAGUGGCAGUGAUAAUGAUGUUGAAGUCAUUAAAGUCUGGAAUUCAAGAUCUCGUGGAGGUGGGGAAGGAAAUGUAGAAGAUCUUACAAACAACCCUGCAUCAACAAAGUCAGAUGAAGGCAAAGCUACAUCCUCUUCCAAUCCUGGUAGCCCAGCUCCAGACUGGUACAAAGAUUUUGUCACUGAUGCAGAUGCUGAAGUGUUGGAACAUUCUGGGAAAAUGGUGCUGCUCUUUGAAAUUCUUCGAAUGGCAGAGGAGCUGGGAGACAAAGUCCUUGUGUUCAGCCAAUCCCUAAUAUCUCUGGAUUUGAUAGAAGAUUUCCUGGAACUGGCUAACAGAGAGAAAUCUGAUAGAGAUAAGCCUUCCAUCUACAAAGGUGAAGGAAAAUGGUUCAGAAAUAUUGAUUAUUAUCGUUUGGAUGGCUCAACCACAGCUCAGUCCAGAAAGAAAUGGGCUGAGGAGUUUAAUGAUGAAACUAAUGUGAGAGGCCGCUUGUUUAUCAUAUCCACCAAAGCAGGUUCCUUGGGAAUAAACCUGGUGGCUGCUAACAGAGUCAUCAUCUUUGAUGCCUCCUGGAACCCCUCCUAUGACAUCCAGAGCAUCUUCAGGGUUUAUCGUUUUGGGCAGAACAAGCCUGUGUUUGUGUACAGGUUUUUGGCUCAGGGAACCAUGGAGGACAAGAUCUACGACCGGCAGGUGACGAAGCAGUCGCUGUCCUUCAGGGUGGUGGACCAGCAGCAGGUGGAGAGGCACUUCACCAUGAACGAGCUCACCGAGCUCUACACCUUCGAGCCUGACCUGCUGGACGACCCCAACUCGGAGAAAAAGAAGAAGAGGGACACCCCCAUGCUGCCAAAAGACACGAUCCUGGCAGAGCUGCUCCAGAUCAACAAGGAGUACAUAGUUGGGUACCACGAGCAUGAUUCACUCCUGGACCAUAAGGAGGAAGAGGAACUCACUGAAGAAGAGAGGAAGGCAGCCUGGGCAGAAUAUGAAGCAGAAAAGAAGGGCAUGACCAUGCGUUUCAACAUGCCAACAGGGACCAACACAAUGCCCACAAAUUUCAGCUCUCAGACUUAUAUUCCUUACAAUUUGGGUGCUCUGUCAGCAAUGAGCAACCAACAGCUGGAGGACCUCAUUAAUCAAGGAAGAGAGAAGGUGGUGGAAGCAACCAACAGUGUGGCUGCAGCAAGAAUCCAGCCCCUUGAAGACAUCAUUUCAUCCAUUUGGAAAGAAAACUUAACCCUGACAGAGAGCCAGGUGCAGGCCUUGGCCCUGAACAGACAGGCGAGCCAGGAGCUGGAUGUGAAGCGCAGAGAAGCCAUUUACAACGACGUCCUCGGGAAACAGCAGAUGUUAAUCGGUUGUGUCCAGAGGAUCCUGAUGAACAGGCGGCUCCAGCACCAGUACAACCAGCAGCAGCAGCAGCAGAUGUCCUACCAGCAAGCAGCCAUGGGCCACCUCAUGAUGCCAAAGCCUCCAAAUUUGAUCAUGAAUCCUUCCAGCUACCCAGGCAUAGAUGUGAGAGGAAUGUAUCAGUCAGUGUCUGGUGGGAUGCAGCCACCACCCCUACAACGAGCACCACCCCCAAUGAGAGGCAAAAAUCCAGGGCCUUCCCAAGGGAAAUCAAUGUGAUUUUGCACUAAAAGCCUAAAGGAUUGUUAAAUCAGAGAAAGAACUUUUAUUUUUUUAGGAAUCAAUGGCCUAACAGAACUCAACUGUAAAAAAAAAAAUUAAAAAGAAUAGUUUGGUUGCUCCCCUUAAAUGCCAUGUUCCAUAUUAGUGUUUCAGCUUCGUUUAAAUAGGACACGAUGUUUUCCCUGUUGUCAGUGAUGUUGCCUAGAAUCUUCUUACAUAUGUUGAGUACAGGAGAUAACAAGUUGUUUUCAGUGAAAACAAGUCCUCCUGUUACAGUAGCAUCUCCACAGGUUUCCUGUCUAAACUCCUACGCUUGCUUUUCAUGGCUGCAAAGCUUUGGGAAGCUUAGGAAGGACUGCAGGUCUGUAUGUUCAGUCUGACAUAUGUGAAUUGUAAACAGCUGAGUUCUUGAUUAGAGUUGAUUCCUCAAAUUAUGGAAUAUUUUUCUGCUUACUCAUUUCUUUCUAUUAGUGGGAACGUUGUUACAGAAAUAGUCUAAUUUCCUUCAUGGGUCAUCUCUGCUGAAUGGAACAGGAGCUGAAAAUACUCUCUGAAACAGAACUGAGUGCAAUAUUCGUAAUUACUACUGCUCUGAACCUUCUGAGGCACAGGGAACUGUGCAUCCAGCCUUAAACAUGACUGGGCCUUCCCCAGUCUGCUGCCAUUUCUUGUUUUCAGUUCCAUGUGAUGGAGUAGCAGCUGGUGAUGUGGGAGAUGCUUUUCCUUGAGGUUGGAGUCCAGCACAAAGCACAUUUCUGGUCACUCCUUCACGCUGGUGCUUCUGUCUCCUCCCAUUGCCGGCGAUGGGGGACAGGCCAACACAAUUCAAUCCUGGCUUUUGGGGGUAGAAUGGUGAUGGUGGCCAGGGUCAGACCUUGUCAGAGAACCCCCUUUAACGUGGCACAACCAUUGCCAAUUGAAAUUCCAUACAGAGAAAGGGCUGUAGCAACUCCUAGAGCUGCCAGGAGCAUGAAAUUGCUUUAUUGAUAGAAGUGUGGUUAUGCACUCCUCCCCAUCCCUUCGGUUGUGUGAAAACAUGGGUUAGGACACGAAGAGAUUUUGGUUUUGAUUUUGUUCUGUAUUGUAUUUUUUUUUAAUGUAGGCCAGAGAUAAAUUUCGGGUUUAUUCUAUACCAUUAUCACUCUCUUUGCCCACACUUGUUGUGCUUGUGAAGUUCUUAUUAAAUACAAAUAGGGCUUUACUUUUCAUAGUUUGGUUGCUUCUUACCCCCCAAAAAACCCUGUUGAUAAUCUGGGGGCACAAGUAAGUGGCAGGAACAUGGAGGUGGUGAUGUGUGGACAGCACAGGGCUCUGGAAAUGGAUGGAGGCUGUGGCUCUGGAUGGUGCUGAACUCUUCUGAUGCUGGCAUGAACUAAAAGCAUUUUGGUUUCUGGGAAGUUCCUUGCAGGAGUUUGAGUUCUUGCCCUGAAUGGACAAGUUUUGCAUCUAAACAUGCAGAUGUUCCACGAUGUGUCAGUGUGUGGCUGACACUUGGUUUGUGACGUGGGCAGAGGUUGGUUGGGUGCUGCAAACCCAGCUGACAAGUUUCUGUCUUGGACUCUUUGAUGACAAGAUACCAGGAAAGACCCUCAGUGUGUUCUAGUGCUCUGCCAGCCCUACAAUUAACUCUGAUCUGGGGAGGGAGCAAAGAGAGACGUGCUGGCACUAGAAGAGACAAAAGUGAGACGUUGAGACAAACAUUUGAAGGCAAAUGUACUCUGGGCAACAGUCACCGAUAUUCCUACGUGUUGUGAAUAAGAGAAGUAAUUUCUACCAAACCUGGGAAUGUUAAAUGGAGUUUUACAGUAACUCAAAGACUUAAAUGUGGAAGUUUUAGGCAACAUUGAAAGGCACAUUUUAUUUCAUCCUGGACAAACCUAUGGAUAACAGAAGACUAAUGCACAAGAAGGAAUCCGAGAUAAGCAUUGAAGUAAAACCUGGACCACUUUGCUUACGUUUCUCACUCGACAUUUUAGCUGCAUAACGAUGUGCUUUGAGUAUAACAUCAGGCUUUAACCAGUACUUAAAGACAGAACAUACAUCAGUAAGAUAAUAAAAGGCUCAUUUUUAUAUUUGUUUUAGAUGUUUUAACUAGAUAAAAAUGGCUUAAGAUGACAAAUAAAAAUGUUGCUUGUAAUACAGUUUUGCCUGCUAAAUUAUCCACAUUUUGUAACCUGUUUAUUCCUUUGGAUGUAAAGCGUUUUUGCUUAGUAUUGUGAUAUUGUAUAUGUUUUGUCCCAGUUGUAUAGUAAUGUUUCAGUCCAUCAACCAGCUUUGGCUGCUGAAAUCAUACAGCUGUGAAGACUUGCCUUUGUUUCUAUUAGAUGGCUUUUCAGUUCUGUAUUAAAUAUCUUAAGUGCUAUAGAGAAGGUGUCCCCUCUUCCUAUAAGGCUGUUUUGUAAUAUAUAUAAGGACUGGAAAAGUGUUUUUAAAAGAGAAGAAGCAUUCAAGUAUGACAAUAUACUAUCUGUGUUUUCACCAUUCAAAGUGCUGUUUUAGUAGUUGAAACUUAAACUAUUUAAUAUCUCAUUUAAUAAAGUGACCAAAAUACAUCA